AUGGCACUUGAUUCUGAAAUCAUUGAGAGUUCUCGGCCCGACCCAGAGUUUGAGCAGCUCGUCAAGAAUGCGGGCCCUCCACCGCUACCCAGCAAUGCCAGCAUACAAACGCUUCGAAGUUUAACAAACGGAAUCAAAACCAAGGCACGCGAAGCACUUGGUGACCCUCCUACCGGGUUGAUGGAGCGAGACAUUGAAAUAGCCGUUCGCGACGGCAGCAACAUCCUCGCCUACGUGUAUGCUCCUUCAAAAGAAACGUCAACAGAUGCUUUGCCAAUCCUGCUCUUCUUCCACGGAGGCGGAUUCUGCAUCGGCUCGCGCCACGACGACUUGGAGUCUAACAGAACCAUCGCCUCCAAGGCUGGCAUAAUCGUUGUCAGCGUUGAAUACCGCCUGGCUCCAGAGCAUCCUUUCCCUCAGGCUAUUCAUGACGGAUUCGAUGCAUUACAUUGGAUUGCCAAUAAUCCAAGUCGCGUACACCCAUCUGCAUCCCCAUCGGCAGGUCUCAUUGUUAGCGGGACUUCUGCAGGUGGGAGUAUUGCGAAUGCUGUUGUGUAUUUGAACCGCGAUCUAGGGUCUCCCGUCAAGGUGACAGGCCAACUUUUGAGUGUUGCACCUCUUCUUCCACCUCCUGUGGUUCCGAAGAGAUACCAAGACGACUAUGUCAGUCACGAACAGAACAGGGAUGUGGCUAUACCCUCAGAAGAGCUGGCCCGGUCAUUCAUUGCUGCUUACAAGCCAGACAAGACCUCGCCACUCUCAGUGCCCGCGAUUCACCCGUUAGGUCACGCCGGAAUACCUCCCACUUAUUUGCAAGUCUGCGGUCUUGAUGGUUUACGUGAUGAAAGCCUCAUCUAUGAACGGAUGCUCCGGCAAGAGAAUGGCAUUGCCACGCGCGUAGACCUCUAUCCAGGAUUGCCUCAUCACUUUUGGGAGUUUUUUCCUCAGUUGGCGAAGCAAAUCGAGAAAAGAACAGAUGAUACUGUUGAGGGAAUUCGGUGGUUAUUAGGAACUACUCAGGCAUAG